AAACAACUAUAACAUCUUUUAAUUUGGUCCUUAUCCUGAUUUAAAUUGUUUUGCGGCGAUUUAAUCGCAAAGAUCUGGCAACCCUCGGCCACAGCACAGAGGCAAAUGCGGACUGCUUAGCUAGUGUGCUAGCAGCAUACAUGUGGAGGGGAUCACAUCCCAAACUCUGCCCAAAUUCCCCUUUAGACUGCCAAAUACCGCCAACUGCCCCUGUAUCCCUCACAACAAACGUAUUUUCUUCAACAUGAAAGGCCGGAUCGAGUUGGGGGACGUUACACCCCACAACAUUAAACAGUUGAAGCGUCUGAACCAAGUGAUCUUCCCUGUCAGCUACAAUGACAAGUUCUACAAAGAUGUUCUUGAAGUAGGAGAGCUCGCCAAGCUAGCGUAUUUCAACGACAUCGCAGUUGGUGCCGUGUGCUGUAGAGUGGAUCACUCUCAGAACCAGAAGCGACUCUACAUCAUGACACUGGGUUGUCUAGCACCUUACCGCAGACUUGGCAUAGGAACAAAAAUGCUGAACCAUGUGUUGAACAUUUGUGAGAAGGAUGGCACUUUUGACAACAUUUACCUUCAUGUGCAGAUCAGCAAUGAGUCUGCAAUUGACUUCUAUCAGAAAUUUGGCUUUGAGAUCAUUGAGACAAAAAAGAACUAUUACAAGAGGAUAGAGCCAGCAGAUGCCCACGUUCUUCAGAAAAGCCUGCGCAGCCCAUGUGCGCCCCCAGCAGGAGAGCUGCAGAAAGCCAACUAGGGGUCGAAGCGCAACACCACAUUGGUUUCUUCCCCAAAUGGAACUGUAACAGAUGCCCCAGGGUUGACACACUCACCACUUUCUUCAGAGGACAUUUUAGGCAGAAAAAAUCAAUGACGUAUUUGCUGCAUUUAUUGUGCAAAAACUUAAGUUUCAAAUU